CUGGAUAAAAUUCACUGCCAAGCAAGUUUAGACGCACUUUCAAGUGCAAAAUUACUCCACUAUAGCAGAUUCCUUACCAUGCUGAAUGUUCAGUUGUUCUGCACUCUUCUGGCUAAUGUUUUACUCACACAGUCGUUACAACGCUGUGCUUGCACGAGUGCACUCUCGCUAACUUCUUCUAUUGAAAGUGUAGGGAUAUAUGUCACAGCAUGUCCACAAACAAAUGUCAAUUUCUCCUGUUCUGCUACCCAAGUUUCUUCUAUGAUGUGGUUUGCUCUACCCCACCUCGAUGAAGAUGACACCAUUGUCCUUUUUGCUUCACAGAAUGUCUAUAGUAGUGUGAUCAAUGAUGUUUUUAACAUCUCUCUAGUUUCUGUCGACAAUAAGAGGGGUCCUAUUGCAGAUAUUACCUCUCGAUUAAGUAUCAGGGUAGAUGGAAUUAAUAAUGGUACUAAUGUUUCCUGUAUUACUGUAUCGAAGACGGAAUCGAGGAUCAUACUUAAACAAGUUCCUCCAGCACCAUCAAGUUUCGUUACAAAUGUGACCGACUUUUUACUAUUGAGUGCCUCUGUUAUUGUCUCAUGGAAAAUACCAGACCAUACGCAUGUCGACGGCUACAAAAUAGAGUUUAAUACCAGUAAGGAGACAGUAGUUUUUACGAAUAAGACACAAGUUUCACUGGAAAUUGACUACAAAAGAGUCCUGAUUUACACAAUUUCAGCCUUUAACUGUUACGGAAAAAGUGAAGAUGUCGCUGAUGAAAUAUUUAUAGCUGGUUGUGCUCCUCCGAGUCCACCAGUCAAUGGGAGUGUUGGUGAGUUCAUCAGUUCUAGAGUAGGAGCACAGGUCACCUACUCCUGUGACACCGACCUUGUCCUGGUGGGAGAGGCAGUAGCCACAUGCUCCCUACCUUCUUUACAAUGGAUGCCGAGUAUUGAUGAUGUUUCAUGCAUACAGCCACCAGAGUGUGGAAAUCCAACCGAAUACCUGCAAGCAAAUAUAUCAAUUAGUAGUCUCAAUUCUUCAGUAGUAACAGUGUCAUGCGCUACUGGAUAUGUACUUUAUGGUAGCAAAACUUCAGAGUGUGUGCACGGUGAGUGGUCUCCCAGUCUUCAGACUAUACUCUGCCUUCCUAGUGCAACUGUUACAGAGUGCAGUUACCCAAAUGGACUUUUGCAAAGCAAUGUAACACUAUUGGGAAACAAGUCCUUCCUUAUUUUUGCCUGUGAUUUUGGAUUUGGUCUCUAUGGCAGCACUACAUCUCAGUGUGUAUCAGGAGAGUGGAUCCCUAUUCCAGACUCUGUCACUUGCAGGAGUUUUGGUAUUACUAUUUUCAUGUCAUCUCUUUAUCCUUCUUUCAUUUCGUGUAGAUGUAUGCCCAACAAGUGGGUCUAAUCCAGAAGAAAACAUUUCAGCUGAAAUAUUGGCCAUUAUAGCUCUAGUGGGUGCAGUGUGUGGCUUCACAGCCGGAUUGCUACUUUGCGCUCUAAUCACUCGGUGUUACGUGUACUUCUGUGGAAAGGAAAAAAGAUGCCAGACAGAAAAAGGCCAUUUUUACGAGGACAUUCCUUUACAGAAGACAUCUGCAACUGAACCCGUUCAACUUAAGACUAAUGAAGCAUAUGGGACACUUCUAAUUAAAAUAAUGUGCCAGUUGUAGUUC